AUGUUGAGAACAGCAUUCUUCCUGCUGUUUUUCUCAACCUUAGCCUCAGGCUAUAUCACUAAUUACUAUGUAACAGUCCGAUUAAACGAUCAGCCAAAUGUUGAUCGGCAUUUCAUUAUUGAUACUACCGCUAGUCAAAGUUUUGUGAUCCCAUUCGCCAACUUUUUGAAUCAUCCGGAAAAUUAUGCGUCUUGGGGUUCAAAGACGUAUAAGAGAUUGCCCGGAGAGAUUGCAGAGGACUAUCAGUACUCGAAGGCAACAGUGAAGGGCGGCCUCGCUGAAGACGAGAUUCAUUUGGACAACAAAACUUUCCGGGGGCAGUUUUCGAUCUCUUCAACAUUACUGAACGCGAACCCGGCCAUUAAUUUCCAUAAGCGCUGGUCCAUUGGAUCGAUUGGAUUGUCGAGGAAGAAGGUGGAGGGAUCGCUGAAGGAUGCCAUCUUGGAGCAGUUCGAAGAGAAGAAUGUUUGUUUGUCCACGGCUCCGGGAGAGAAGACAAGGUGAGAGAUAAAUGAUACCUUUAAUAAAGGAGCUUAUCAUAGGGCAAGAUCGAUUUUUUUUUGUGAUAGAAUAGGAUAGCCAAAAGAAAAUGAAACGUAAUGCAACGUGCAAAUAUUGUAACUUGGUUGACAACUCUAAUUACGGUUUUUUGCCGCAAGCAAGAUGAUUAGCCUGCAUUUUUCGAAGAUGAAAAAUGCCUUGAUUUCAAAAGUAGAGAAGCAACUUACUAAACAAUUUCUUUAAAAUUUGAAGCCAUCCUCAGGCCUCCUUUUCUUUUCGUUUCAAAUCACACUCAUUUUACAGUGGCGUAACGAGCUACACAACUAUUGGAGCAAAGUCUUUCCCCAAGUCGGCCUUCCUGACUAAAAUCAUCGCCGAAGACAACCAGCAAGGCCAUUGGCAAUUCCCAUUGAAAUUCGUCAAGCUCGGAUGUUUCAACGCCAUUAAGCCUGACGAAAGUGCUAUUUUGUCUACUGCUACUGACGACAUCAUCGUGCCAUACGAUUAUUUCAGUUUCAUCACGGAUGUUUUGGGAGCUAAAUUUGAUGACAAACACCAAGGAUAUCUCGUAAAUUGCACCAAAACGUUGCCAUUCCUUGUUGGAAUCAACGAUGAGAUCUUGUCGAUUCCAUUUGGCUCGUAUACAGAGAAGAAAACGGAUGGAACUUGUCUGUUGAAAAUUCGCUGGAAGAGAGAUGUCGACUACUUUGUGUUGGGUGCUCCGUUGUUGGUGGAGACCGGGGUUUGUUUGGACUUCAAGACAUCUGUCUUGACUUUCUUCAACACAAACGAAAAGGCUACUGAAAUUGAAGAGAAAAAACUGCCCAAGAAAUGCUGA